GUUUAGCUCCAGGCUGCAGAGGGGUGGACAGCAGUCAGAACAGGAACAUGGAGCUCAGCAUCCUCUUGCUCCUCACUCUCCUCAUGGGUCUCUUGUUUCUCCUGUUCAAGGGCCACCCAAAGGCCCGUGGCCACCUCCCACCAGGCCCCCAUCCUCUGCCAUUCCUGGGGAACCUUCUGCAGAUGAACAGAAAAGGCCUGCUCAAAUCCAUCCUGCAGCUCCGAGAGAAAUACGGAGAUGUCUUCACUGUGUACCUGGGACCAAGGCCCGUGGUCAUGCUGUGUGGGACAGACACCAUACAGGAGGCCCUGGUGGACCAAGCUGAGGCUUUCUCUGGCCGGGGAAGAAUUGCUUCUGUGGAUGCUGUCUUCCAGGGAUAUGGUGUGAGCAUGGCCAAUGGGGAACGCUGGAAGGCCCUUCGGAGAUUCUCUGUGGCUACCAUGAGAGACUUUGGGAUGGGAAAGCGGAGUGUGGAGGAGCGGAUUCAGGAGGAGGCUCAGUGUCUGGUGGAGGAGCUGCGGAAAUCCCAGGGAGGCCUUGUGGACCCAUUGUUCUUCUUCCAGUCCAUGUCUGCCAACAUCAUCUGCUCCAUUCUCUUUGGCAAACGCUUUGACUACAAAGAUUGGCAGUUCUUGAGGAUGUUGGAUCUGAUCUAUAAGACCUUUGCACUUGUCAGCUCCUUUUCCAGCCAGGUGUUUGAGCUCUACUCCAGCAUCCUGAAACACUUUCCUGGCACACACAGGGAAAUUUACAAGAAUUUGCAGGAAAUCAAUGCCUUCAUUGGCCACAGUGUGGAGAAACACCGUGAAACCCUGGACCCCAGCGCCCCCAGAGACUUCAUUGAUGCCUACCUGCUCCGCAUGGAGAAAAGAAGGAGUUUUGGACUUCUUAAUACAAAAUUCCAUGCAAAGAAUGGCAUAACCCUUUCUUUAGGGUUUUUCUGGCUCAUUGGUUCAAACAAAACAAAGGCCACUGCUGAAGUGCCUUUGUGACGUGGGGUUCAUUGUCCCCUUUUCUGUGCAGAGAGGGUCCACAAGGAAAUUGAACAGGUGAUUGGCUCACACCGCCAGCCAGCCUUGGAUGACCGAACCAAAAUGCCAUACACCGAGGCAGUCAUCUGUGAGAUUCAGAGAUUUGCGGACCUCGUACCCAUUGGUCUGCCCCACGUGGUCACCAAAGACACUCACUUCCGAGGGUUCAUCAUCCCCAAGAACACUGAAAUAUACCCAAUCCUAAGCACUGCUCUCCAUGACCCACGUCACUUUGAAAAACCAGACACCUUCAACCCUGAUCACUUUCUGGAUGCCAAGGGGGCACUGAAGAAGAGUGAAGCUUUUAUGCCCUUCUCCAUGGGAAACACAAUUCAUAUAUAUUUGUGCUGCCAUCUGGGCCACCACGUGUCCAACAUUACUUAAAUGGAAAUGUUUCCAGG